AAAGGUAAUUUAAAUAUGAAUCCUACAUCACAGGAAAUAAUAAAAAAUCGUUUUAAUAGUUCUAACUUAAAUAUAGUUUGCCUCUAUCUACCCCUGAUCCUAGUUUACAGAUUUAAAAUGGCGGCUCCCUGCUAUCUUUGGACACAAAACCGCUGCCCCUUCUCUGAUCUAACCUGUAGUCGACCACAUAACAAGGAUGGAAUGUCCCUAUGCCUAAAGUGGAAGAGGGGAGAUUGUAUUGGAAUGGUUGGAAAUUCUUGCAGGCUUCGGCACUACUAUCUAGAGAGGGACAGAGUUUUUAUACCAAUCAGUCAGAGUCAGCAGAAUAUACAGAGCAGCCUAGCUUUCUCCAGCCCUCUGGUGGAGAGAGUUUGUACUGUAAAGGAAUCCUUUCGUCGGGUUGAGAUUGAUAUUGAGACAGGGAGACGAAGAAGUUUUGAAGAGACCAAAGUGACUGAAAUUAUUGAUAUAUCCGGAAAGGAAAACACUCCAGUUGCAGUCAAGAAAUGCACGAGAUCUGACCCAGAAGGUAUUCUAUCCAAGAAGUUGUUCUCUGCCCCUGAACCAGAAAAUGAAGAGAAUCCAGGAUUGUGUUUAGUUUGUAGAAAAGUAUUCAAAGGAAAACGGGGACUGCAGUCGCAUAAAAGUUCUAGGGUAAAAUGUGAAGCCCCUGUCACCCCCCGUAAACCAGCUUUAGAGGAUACAGUCUCAACACACACUCAACAGAAUGAUAGCAUCAUUAUUAUAGAUUAAAGGGACUGUUACUCUCAAAGAAAGUGUAUCCUACCUUUAAAAUUUGGAUUUAAAAUUGGUCAAUUCUACGACGUAGGAUACAUAUUUUUCUGAAAAUAAUAUAAGUAAUUAUUCCACACAAGCGUUUUUUGUUCUGCAGAAAAAAUUAAUUUUAGUAUUUUGUAAAGAUUUAAUAUAAAAUAUAUAGCUGUUCAGGGGUGGAUACAUGAUUUAAGUGAGGUGGGUGCUAGAUUUAUUUUGGAACAAACAAAAAUCCAGAAAUAGAAACCAAAUCUCAAAUAGAAAAAUCUGUUUUAAGAUAGAUAUUUUUUUCUGUUUUGCACUAGGUUUUCUUUCCGUUAAGUAAUAUUGAGAAGCUAUUUUAAAAACGCUUCCCCCCCUGAAUCCAUCAAGGAGGUGCAAAGGUCCUGCCGACCCCUGUAACCGCCCCUGUAGCUGUUUAACUUUAUGUUCAAAAUUAUAGUUAAAUAAAAAUCACGACACUGAACAAUCCCUGGAGAGCUACGCAUGCUUUUGGCUUAGCCAUUGAUCUCGAAAGAUUACAAAAUUUUUAUAUAUUUUUGUAACAACCGACAAAGAUAUGUAUUAGAUAUUUUCCUAUAUUUGAUGCCAAUAAAAACUUAUAAAUAUAUAAUA